AUGAAACUGCAUGCGGAGUUCAAACCAGAUGGUAUUGACGACUUUUCGCACAUUCUGAAGGGGCUGAAGGAGUUCUCGUCCUUCGCCGUGGAAAACUCCUUCCUGUGCUUCAAAUUCUCGGAGAAAUAUCUGUUCAUAUUUGGAAACGAAAAGAAGCACGUGGAGAUAUUUAUAAAAAUCAGAAUGGAUGAUUUAUUUUACGAAAAUUUUAUUUUAAAAAGUGCUACAGACAACGAAAUCAUCAUCCUCGUUUAUAUCUUCCAAAUAUAUGACAUCUUUAAGAACGUUUCAAAGAGUACAAAAAUAACAAUUGAUUUAUUUGAUAAAAAUGGCAUAUGCAUUUUGCUGUUUAAGCAUCAAUGCAGCGUGACGGAUGCCUUAAAGAAGUUUGAGUGUGGGAUAGAACUUAUUAACCCGUCGUUAACUUCCUUUCCAAAUAUGAAGGUGAAAAAAGAUUCAUUCUCCAUAAAUUGCAAGUUAAAAAAAUGCUGCAAAAUUUUAAAUACCUAUUCGAAAUUUCACUCAGAUAAAGUAGAACUAAACUUCAUUAUUGCCAACAGACACUGUGAUGUUGUUUUCCUGCUGGAUGCACUAACCACGAAGAAUGUGACCACGCUGAAAAAUAAUUACGUAUUAAAGGACUCGAUGGAGAAGCAAGCCAAACAGGAAAAGGACCAACAUUGUGCGAAAUUUAAUUUGAAGAAAGUUAUAUAUAUUAAAACUUUGACGAAAGCUUUGAACAUCCUCAACGAAUGCAGAAAUAACAAAGACGAUGUUGGCAUAUUUAAAAUUGUCGUGCCGUACAAUAAAUGUUGGUUUGCUUUAAAACUGGGGCAGUUUGAAUUUUCUGGCAACUGGAAGGUGCUCAUCGUGAUUACUGAUAUGAGUCUAGAUAUGUGAGUCGCAGAGAGCGGGGGUUCCAUCUAUUCCGUAAGGUUUUGCUGGCCCUGUAAAACCUGUCUGUAUGUGAAUUUGCCCCAUUUGGGGAUUCCUUUUUUUGUGGCGCUUAUUCCCUUUCGUUCGCCAUUCAGCCAUAUUCUUCAUUACGUGUGCGCCUCUAACGAGUGCACCUUCGAUGUGGACAUUCCACCCCACGCAGCAGGGCCACACGUAAGUAACAUCAUCUGCAUCGUCACAGUAGUUUGCUUAUUCACUCAGUAGAACCCCUUUCAUUGUGCACAUUUUUUUGCAUGCGGCUCUGAUUUUUCUCGCAAGGUUGAU